AUGGAGUUUUCCCAAACCCUAGGACGCGAAGAGGAGUGUAGUGGGACUAGUGGCAGUGAGUCUGGGUGGACAAGCUAUAUUGCCUCCCCCAUCAAAGAAAACAACUUCGAUGAUGAUAAUGAUGAUAGCAAGAAUAAACAAGGUGAUUGCAGAGAAGGUAAUUAUGAGAGUGAUGACUCUAUGGCCUCAGAUGCCUCUUCUGGUCCAAGUCAUCCUGAACUUCCAUGCAGGAUCAACGAGGGAAGCAUUAACAAAGGUCCUUUUAAGAAUGCAACUACCAAAUAUUCAUCGAAAGAAAAACUUCACAGGCAAGUGAAGCGAAGAGAUGGAGCAAGGACCACAGUAAAAAAGGAAGUAUCAGUGCUGAAGGCAAACAGUGCUGCUAGUCAUGAUCAUGUGCAAAGUGGAACCAAGGUAAGAAAAUCAACUACUUGA